GCCAGUUGCAAAAACUUGAGUCUCCCUUCUUCAGGAGUUAGACAAGGUAGCCCUUCCAAUCAAUUGGCAGGUAUCUGUCCUUCCUUCCAAACUUUCUGAAGUAGUGGUAUGAGAAUGUCUACUGAUGUAUCUACAUCUGAUUUCAUGGAUUCUGGCGGGAUUCCAUCUGGUACUGCUGCUUUCCCGGAUUUCGGCAAUUUUACGGCCCUCUCUGAAUUUCUGUUGUUGCAUAAGAGCCCGUGUUCUGGUAGUUCUGCCGUUGCUGGAGGUAUUUCUGGACGAGUUGCAGGUGGUGGUCGAUUCAAGAGCUUAUUGAAGUGGUCAACCCAUUGUUUCCUUUGUUUCUCCUCUUUGGUAACCAGCUUUCCUUCACUGUCUGUCAUUGGUUCCGUCUGCAUUGGUCUCUUCCCAGAGAGUAACCUGGUUAUUCGAUAUAAUGUUGUCAGGUCUCCCCUACCGGCAGCGUGUCCUGCCUAUCUUACCAAUGUGUCAUAGAAGUGUCUUUUGUCUUUCCGUCCACUCUUCACUUCUUUGUCCAGUAAAGUGUUUUAUG